GCGUGAGACGGCCGUGUUCCAGUCAAACGCAUUUGAAUCCACGACGCCGCGCCCGCCAGACGUGUUUGAGCGCUGCGCGUUGAAAGAAAAGAAAAAAAAAAAAACUAUAAAAAUACAGUGGUCAGUGUUACUAGUGCUAGUGGAACGAAAAUUCCAGUGUACAUUAGCCGAAUAGAAAGUUCUAGUUUGUUUUUUCUAUUGGCAACAACGUGGAGUUACGUGAUUUGGCUGGUACUCCGUUUUACCGUUCCGAGGUACAAAAAUGGUGAUGCAACGACAGAAAAUCCGCAAGAGAACGCGGUGAGGCGAAGCAAGAGGAAAAAACAACUAAUAUAACGAUGUGACAGUACGGUGACAAACAAUUAGGACACUUCGUAAACUUUUAACUAGAAAAAAGAACCAAAAAUACUCUCACGAUUCUCCUAACUUAGCUUCGUAAGCAGAAUAUUCAAUAAGUGCCAACGAUCAGUGCAAACACCCUAUUAAAAAAAAAAAAAAAAACAUAUAAAAAGAACAUUAACUAGUGUUAUUUUUCAACGAACAGUUUAACGCAACGAUAAGAAACUAAAAUUAAAUAACACAGUGCCACAUCUCUAUACUGCCAAGUGAAAAACGCGUUAUUGAGAAAAAAAAACUGGUUAUUUUUAACUGUUAAUUGUUAUUGUUAGAAAAGUGAUGUGCUUUUGAGAAUGGAUCUGCACGCUCCACCGUUAGUUGUUCACGGUUAUGAGCCCCAUGCUCCGUUGUUGGAAGUUGAGGGUCUGGACCCUCAUAGUCCACAGCAGAAGGUCUUAAUUCACGCCCCAACUCUUCAAAGUCAAGAGUUGAUGAGUAAUGACCAUCGGAAUGGAGAGUAUGACUUUGCAGAUGAGCAGUACCACGCCCACAGCAGCAACCAGAGCAGCGAUGGUCACGGCGGCGUCAAUCAACUAGGCGGUGUGUUUGUGAACGGUCGACCUUUGCCGGACGUGGUACGCCAGAGGAUAGUGGAGCUGGCCCACAGUGGGGUGCGCCCGUGCGACAUCAGCCGGCAGCUGCGGGUGUCUCACGGCUGUGUUUCCAAAAUACUGUCCAGGUACUACGAAACUGGGAGUUUCAAGGCGGGGGUGAUUGGUGGCUCCAAGCCCAAGGUCGCCACUCCGCCUGUGGUCGACGCAAUCGCCGCAUACAAGAGGGAAAACCCGACGAUGUUCGCCUGGGAGAUCCGGGACCGGCUGCUGAGCGAGGGGAUUUGCAGUCAGGACAACGUGCCUUCGGUCUCAAGUAUCAAUAGGAUCGUGAGGAAUAAAGCGGCGGAGAAGGCGAAGCAUGCCCACAAUCAACAGCAGCAGCACCAGCAGGAGCAGGAGAUCAGCUCGGCGCAGGGGAGCGUCGUCUCUGUGAUAACGCACGCGGGCAACGCGCCCGGCACGACCGCCGUGCUGUCCCCGAGCACGGAGCAGCAUGUCACCAACACGGGCAGCUAUAGUAUAAACGGCAUCCUCGGCAUCGAGCAGGUGGACGGGCUGCACAACGGCAACGCGACUGGCCUCAAGAGGAAACGCCACGAAGACCAAGAUGAGAACAGAGACUUCAAUAGCCAUUCAGAAGACGACGUGAAAAGACAACGAAGUCACUACAAUGGGGACCAAAUAUACUCAAAUCUUUGGUCAUCAUCUAAAUGGAGUCUCAAAGACGAGUACAAGCUGCUGUCUGAGCUGGGAGGUGCCACGGGCGGCGCCACCGGGUACUACGGGGACCUGUUCGACGCGCCGUACGAACACGCGGCGCAUCCACACUACACGCCUCAUUCCGCAACGAACGACUCAACGGGAUCGAACGGCGGUGCUGGUGGGGAGCCACCAUCAGCCGCCGCCAGUCCGGACGCUGCCGCCCUGGUCGUGUUACAACCACCGGCGCCGCCAUACCCGCCUUAUGCACAUUAUGAUGGUACCACGACGUUGGCGAGCGAGUAUGCAUACGCGGCGCCGUACUCGCAGUACUCACCAUACGGCGGGCCGUACUCGCACUCAGCCGCCACGGGGCUGCUCUCCAAGUGAUAUCAACGGACGCCGUGCGAGCAAUAGCUGUCGGCGAGCCACAACGAACAAAAUUAAGUGAUAAUGGACACUCAUAAAACAAACCUUGUGAGAAAUUUUAAUUUAAAUCUUCUAACCAUUCUCUUAGAAAAACUCAAAAUGUGUAGAUAAAUCAACAAUUUUAUUACAUACAAUUCAGUUAUUGUCUCCAUGUUUUUUUUUUAUUAAUUAAUCGGUCAGUAAACCAUUUGCUUUCUCUAUUUUUGUAUUUAUAUAUUAAUAAUAUAACUUCAGCAAUUCAUUUAUACUCAUUAUAUUUAGUUAAUGAAAAAUAUACUGUAUGAGAGAGCCAAAGUGUUGAUAAAUCUCCAUUAAGAUAAGUUGUAAAUAAUGUAUUUUAAUGAAACUAAAUGUAAUUCAUUUAUUGUCAUUAUUAGGAUUAAAGUGACGAUUCUCUUGUUUCUUUUACCUCAACGUAGUUACAAAAUAGUACUUAAUUUUAUGUAAUACUUUUAGAUUCGUGAGCCUUAAUAUAUUAUUACCUAUUUCAUUAAAUUUUAUUUAAGCUGUCCUUAAUGCACAACGUCAUAGCCCUUACAUUUAAUGUCGUUAUUAUUCAUAUAAGUUAUGUAACUUAUUUUUUGUAUUGUUAUAAAUGUGUAUUUGAAUGCCUCAAAGCUUCAAAACAAAUAUGAGAGUCAUGAACUUAGUAUUUUAUUUAGGUUGGUUCUGAAAUUACUAUGAGAUUACUUGUUUCUUUUUACUUUUUUAAAAAGUGUUAGUUUCUAGUUAAAUGUACAUUAUGUUCGAGAAAUAAGUGAAUUAUCGAAGUCCUCAUUCAUAAUGUAUGUGGUAAAUUAAUAUAUUGUAAAAGAUAUGUUCAAAGCCUUUUAGAAUAUUGUUUUCUUAUUUUAUAUUAUAAACAAGUAUUAGUUGAAAUGUCUUAUCGGUUCCGUCCAUUUUUAUUAUUUUUUUUACAUAUAUAAUCAUUAUAUAUCUAUUUUUUGUAAAUAUAAUUAUCAUAAUGUUUAAAUGUUAUCUUGCCUUGCGUUCUCGUUAAUAGCAUGCUUUAUUGUGGAUAUAUUUUAAAUCAAUCAACAUACAGUUUAGAGAAACGCCAAAGACUUGAAUAUUAUAAUGUCUUUACAAACCAGUGUUUUAAACAUAGUUUAUUUUAUUUAAAGCAAUAACAUUUCACCAAAGAACAAACAAUGGGCCACUUUAAUUAUAAUAUUAUAAAUUGUCAACAUAAUUAUAUAUAUAACUUAAAAUGUAUAAAUUGUAUAAUUCUUACCAAUCACAAAAUAACAUCAGUCUUCAGUAUAAUUAUAUUAUACCUUGAUUAUUUCUUGAAGAUUGAUAUUAUUUUGUCAACUAUUUAUUAUUUCAAUUCAAAAUUUAAAAAUACAUAAAUAACCCUAUACUUUUUAUGACCAUUUAAAUUUAUAUAAAAAAAUGUAAAUGAAACAUAUAACAUAACUUAUGUUGACGAUUUUCAAUAAGAAUAUACAAAAUAAUAAAAUAUUAUUUGAUUAUAUUUAUUUCUAUAUUAUUUCAAUAUUUACUAAUAAAUUUUUAAAAAAAAACAAUUAUAAGAAUCAUUUAAAUACGAUUUAUAUAAUUUAAUUAUAUAAACUUUAAGAUAAUCAAGGCCCUAUUAUGUAUAAAUAAAUAAAUCAAAUAAUGAAAUCUCAUUUUAAUAUAAUAAUAAUUUUUUUAUGCAUUAUUUUUCCUAUUUAUUGAACAUAAAUUCUUGGGAACUGCUUUUGUUUUCCGGAAAGCAUAUCGAGAUAAGUGAUAUACAUCACAUACAUGUAAUAUCUAAUAGACGGAUAAAAAAAAAACGUUUCGUUUAAUUUGUAAUAAGUAUAUUUGUAAGGUAAACGCACCAGUACGAAAUAAAGCAUAAUAUGAGUUUAUAAA